AACAGUGCAGAAAAUUUACAGGAGAAAAUUCUAAGCCAAAUUAUGGCUGCCAAGUCACCAUUCAGUCUGAACAAGAGAAGCAGCUAAUGAAAUUAUAUCGCCGUGAAGAAAAACGAAAUGCCAGGCGAGAAAAACGAACUGGGGAUGAAGGAGAAAUUCUUGUUGAUGCAGGAAUCUCUUUUGAUCCGAAGGAGUUACGGAUACAAAGAGAACAAGCACUUUUGAACGCUCGCACAAUGCCAGUUUUAUGCAGACAACGAGACAUGGAAUUUGACAAAAUUCAUUACCCCCAUGUUUAUGACUCACAAGCUGAAGCUAGGACAACAUCAGCUUUUAUUGGGGGAUCAAAG